UACCCAGAUUUGGAUUUUGACUAUCGCACUGACAGCUUACCAAAUGGAACCAUUCCAUCUUCAAGCUUACAAAAUCAAUGGAAGUCUCUUUUUAAAUUUUUCUUAUUCAAACCUUACCUUAAUACCUAUAAGUGACAUUCCAAAAGCAGCAAAGAGGAUUGAUUUAUCUCAUAAUGCAAUUUACAUAAUUAGAAGAACAGAUUUUAUUGGACUGAAUUUGCUGACUGCACUUGAUCUCUCCCACAAUCAGAUUGAGAUAAUAGAAAGUGAGGCCUUUGCAAAUCUUUCCAACCUUAACUUCUUGGAUAUUUCUUUGAAUAAACAGCUUGGACAAAUCCCUGAACUUGGACCAAAUCUGAAGGUUCUACAGAUACAUGGAACAUCAGUGCAUUCUAUUUCAGGAAACAACUUUAAUCAGUUGCAGAAUUUAUCUCUUGAUACUGUUGGUAUAUUUGAUUUUGCACACUUCAGUAACCUGGAGAUACUACACUUGUAUGUACAUUUAAUACCAUAUCUAGAUUUUUCUGUUGAAAAUGAACAUCAUUUAAAAAGCCUCAUAAUUUCCCAGAACUGUAGUCCAGAAGAAGAACCAGUAAUACCUAGAACUUUAUGGAUUUUGAAACAGUUUUGGAAAACAGAAUUAGAUAAUGUGUACCUUUAUGGAGUUUUUCAUUGGAUGGAUAUUGUAAGAGUCCUGUAUUUGUUUCCAGGUCCAUUUAUAUCAAACAUUACAAUAACUGGAACCUUUAGAUUGUUACCAUCUUGUAAGCGUGAUGCUUGUGAAUUUCAAAAGAACAAAUUCAGCAGUGAUAUAACAAUUCCAAAUCAAAACAUAACACUGCAAUUGCAACAACAGCAGGAAAUGCACCUUGGCCAGGAAACCAGCCUACUUAGUUCUUUUUUCAUGUUACAGCUUCAGAACAUUUUUGAGCUUCAUAAACAUGUUGUUUCUUACAAUACUAGUUUGACAUUUUUGGAUAAGUUUAUUAAUAUCUGUUCUUCUCCAGUACAAGGGAUACUUGACUUGUCAAAUAUUGAUUUUAACAGUACUGCAUUGUUUUCUGAUGGAUUAAAUAUUACUGAGUGCAAAAUACAUUGUGAUAAAGUAUUGCUAUUGAAUGUUAGUCGAAGCAGUCUAAAACUCGAUCUACUAUCUUUGGUGUCCAUUGUUAAUGUGAUGGUCAAUUUACACCAUAUUGAUGCUAGUUUUAAUUUCUUGUACAUCAGCACAGGAAAUAUAAAUACAGAUUGUUACUUUGCAUCAAGCAAUCUGUUAAUCUUAAAUAUAAGUCACAAUCCUAUAAACAGUUUAGCUGACAUCUGCAUUCCUUCAACAAUUCGGAUUCUUGACCUCUCUUUCACUAAUUUAAUAGAAAUACCAGAAUCAUUCGCUAACAAAGUAACAAACUUGGAAACUAUAUAUUUACUGGGAAAUAGAUUUGUAUUUCAAGAUGAGAAAUGCCCUGAACAGUCAGAUACAUAUUGUUCAAUAAGCACGUGUGUGUAUACUGAGUCAUGGUCUUUGGUUAAUACCAGAGUUACACCUAUAAAAAGUAUCCCAUCAGCAGUUUGGCAUUUAGAGCUUGCAAACUGUUCCAUUGUAGAGCUUCCAGAGUGGUUACCUUUGCAAAUGAAAGGCUUACGUAAUGUAAGUCUUAGGAAUAAUUAUAUUUUUGCUGUUCCUUGCUUUUCUUCUUCUCUGGAACACUUGGAUGUAAGUAAUAAUCAGAUCAAAAACUUACCUCUGUGCCUUCAAACCUUGUCUAAUUUAACGGUACUCAAACUUCAAUAUAACAAUCUCCCUGCUCUCAACACUGAAACUUUGCCAUUAACGUUAACUGACAUGGACGUAAGUGGAAAUAAACUAGAUGCACUGCCAUUAAAUUUGAGCAGAGCAAUGCGUUUACUUCAACACUUUCGUGUUUCUGAAAAUGUUAUAACUAAAUUGUAUUUAGAAAGUUUACCAUUUCCACUUGAGUACCUUGAUUUAAGCCACAACUUAGUGUCAGUACUUCCUGAUGGCCUUGGUCAACAUCUAACAAAUUUAAAAUAUUUGAAUGUGUCGUGGAAUAAAAUUUCAUUUCUACAAACAGGUUCUCUUCCUGUUUCAUUGAUUAUGUUAGAUGUGAGCUACAAUGCUAUCACUACGAUAACAAAGGAAACAUUUAUGAGUCUCACAGACUUACAUUUUUUAACCAUUACAGAAAACAGCUUUUUCUGUAAUUGUGACUUAUACUGGCUGGUCAGUACAUUUACAUCUAGAAAAAAUCUGAUGAUCAAUGGAUGGGAUAGUCUUAUAUGUGCUUUUCCACAAGAGAGAAGGGGAACAUUUGUCAAGAAUUUUAAUCUAUCAGAAAUAGAUUGCAACCUUGGCCUCCAACUAGCAAUUACAGCAAGCGUGGCCACCAUUAUAGUGCUAGUUACAACCCUGUUGUGCUGGUAUUACAAUGUUAUAUGGUAUGUACAGAUGGGCUGGUACUGGUGCAUGGCUAAAAGGAAACAAUAUGAUAAAAUGGAGGACAAGUUGUAUGAUGCUUUUCUGUCGUACAGUGAAAGUGAUGCCAGUUGGAUUAAAGAAGAGUUACUGAAAAAGCUUGAAGGAAAUGGAUUCAGGAUAUGUUACCAUGAGAGAGAUUUUAGACCAGGACAUCCAGUGUUGGGUAACAUUUUCUACUGCAUAGAGAACAGUCACAAAGUAAUAUUCAUUCUUUCCAUGGGCUUUGUAAACAGCUGUUGGUGUCAAUAUGAACUAUAUUUUGCUGAGCAUAGGGUUCUGAAUGAAAACGAGGAUUCCCUCAUUAUGCUUGUCCUAGAAGACCUCCCACCUGACUGCGUACCGCAAAAAUUCAUUAAACUCAGGAAGCUCCUAAAGAAAAAAACAUAUCUGAAGUGGAGUCCAGAAGAAACGAAACAGGCCAUAUUUUGGCACCAGCUAAUCUCAAUAUUGAGAACAUGUAAUUCUCCAUUUGUUGAAACAGGCAUUAGAUUAGAAGAGUCAAUAAAUACUUGAAGUCAAAUCAGAAUAAAGCCCAGCCUUGUGAAAAUGGACAUAACUGCUAACUAGGUUGCAGAUUUAAAAGUAUGAUUUUUGUUUUGUUGCACCGGUGUUUUUGUUCUGAAAUACAUUGGCAGUUUGGCAUAACAUAAAGUCACCUGAAAAUGCAUUCACUGAAAUCACAUCUUGAAGUUUGGGAAGGUAAAGCAGUUGGGUUAAAUAACCUGUGCUGUAAUUUACUAUGAUAUCUACUAAGGGAAAGAGAAAACUCCUGAAAAAUUCCCAUAAACCAUAGUUUCUGUUUACUGCCCUGUCCAUUUAACAUAUUAAUUUUGGGAAGAAGUAGCAAUUUGCUUUAUUUACUAUGGCUUCCUUAAAUGGGAGAAUAGACCCUGUAACCCUAUCAUGUUCUGCCAUCUGAACUGCAAAACUAUAUGUAAUUCAGAGCUAUCCAAGUAUCAUCUAAGUGAGAGUGUUAUGAAUUUGGAUGUGAUACUCAUUUUAAUAAUAAUAUCUCAACAAUUUCCUAUUUAAAACUUAUGCUGUACAUCUUAGUAAAAAGAUAGCAGCCAAAUUUGCUAAAACUGGAAUUGGAACAGGAACAGCACAUCUUAUAUACAAAUAUAUUUUGCACAUUCAAAUCUCAGAUGAAUAUUUUAUGUUCAAACUUGUUGCAACAUUCUAAUGAAUUCUGUGUUGCAUUCUGUGGUGUCAGGAUUUGAAUACUCACUCUGUCCUUUACCAGAGUACUACUCUAGUCAAAGCAUCCACAUUCUAAGCUGAACAUAUAUUAGUUUUUCCCUGCAAAUUAUUACCAUAGUAAAUUGCUAAGUCCAAUGAAAGGUACACACUCACAGUUUUCUUAACCAGAGUGCUUCAGCUACUGUAAAAGUCACAUGGACAACUACAAGUCAUUUAACAGUUCAUGUUGACACUGAGUUUUAUUGUACUGGUUACAGGAUAAAAGUAAUGCCUUCUGGCUUUUCCCGGUUAGGGGUUGCCACAGCAGAACUCCGGUCCGCUAAUGACUGGCAGUGUUUUUUUACGG